CAAGUUGUCUUUCGCUGUGAGACAACUGAUUCAAUACUUGGCUCUGUACCUGAUUAGAUAUAAGUUGAGAAGAUAUCUUAAACAUAAACUCAACAUUAUGCCUUCUGUGACUUGGAAACACUAUUCAGUAUUCAUAAUCAUCUUUGCACUAUUAUCUCUUAUAAACUCAUCAUGCUGCAAGCCUUCUUCUCCUUCUUCUUGCGGUGAUGGCUUAAACAUAAAGUGUCCUUUUAGACUCAAGGGUGAUAACCAGAAAUGUGAUGCUUCUUUUUCCCAAGAGCUGUCUUGCCUCGAUAAUCGCACUGUCGUAUAUUUGAAUGAGCUCUGGUUUUAUGUCCAGGAAAUCAAUUAUGAUGAUCAUUACAUUAGGGUUGUUGAUCCUGGCAUUCAAAAGAAUAAUUCUACUUCUCUUCCAUUUCAUUCCAUCACACAAAAUGAUUUAUCAUCAGUAGGAUCAUUUUUAAGUUUCGAUAAUCUGCCGAUUACAAUGAUAGAAUGCCCGUCUCCCGUAACAUCUACCCACUACAUCAAUAUUACCUCACCAAAUUCUUCUUCAUUCUCUGCUUCAGUGAUGGGAAAGUACUAUGUUUAUUCUUAUGCCUAUAUAGUGAUCGAUGGCUACUCUUCUGAGGAACUUGAGGACAAUUGCAGGAUUAACAAGGUAGCUUGGGUAUCAGACCAACGAUACCGGGAAUUGUCAAGUAUGUCUGAAAUUCAUGACGCCCUGGUUUAUGGAUUUAUACUAAGUUGGCGUUACUUCUACUGCCCAAAGUGUGACGAUAUGGUUCGCACCCUGAAAGGCUAUUGUGAUACUGAUAACACUGAUUAUCGCCGCUGGGCUUGCACAGACUACAAUAUGUGCAACAUACUAGAUUUAAGAUCAUACCAUCUCUCAGUUUCGUGUUUUCGGCAGAACUGGCAUGGAAUAUUAAAAGACCCUUAUAUCCGAGUACAAAUUGGUAAAAUUGCAGGUAAAGUUGCAGGCAUUUUUUUGGGUGCAAGAUUUUCUUUAGGAAUACCAUUUUUGCUUGCCUUGUUGGUUUAUAGAGCUAGGAGAAGGCAUUUAUCAAUGUACGACACCAUUGAGGAUUUUCUUCAAGCUCAAAACAACCUGAUGCCUAUAAGGUAUUCUUACUCCGACAUUAAGAAGCUUACCAAUAAUUUUAAAGAUAAACUAGGUGAAGGAGGUUUCGGGACUGUAUAUAAAGGAAAGCUUCGUAGUGGUCUUUUUGUAGCGGUAAAGAUACUGGCCAACUCUAAGGCUACUGGAAAAGAAUUCAUUAACGAAGUUGCUACAAGUGGAAGGAUUCAUCAUGUCAAUGUGGUCGAACUUCUCGGCUUUUGUUUCGAAGGUCCAAAACGUGCACUAAUAUAUGAGUUCAUGCCCAAUGGAUCUUUAGAGAAAUACAUCUACAGCAAAGAAGGAACAGAAGAAGAAGUUGUUCCCUUGAGUUGGGAAAAGAUUUAUGAAAUUUCAUACAAGGUGGCAACUGGAAUUGACUACUUACACCGAGGUUGUGACAUGCAAAUUUUGCAUUUCGACAUCAAGCCUCACAACAUUCUUCUUGAUGAGAAUUUCAAUCCAGCCAUUUCUGAUUUCGGGCUAGCAAAAUUAUAUGCCACUGAUCAUAGCAUUGUAACUCUCACUGCAGCUAGAGGAACAAUGGGUUAUAUGGCUCCGGAGAUGUUCUACAAAAACAUCGGUGGAAUUUCAUAUAAAGCGGAUGUUUAUAGUUUUGGAAUGUUACUCAUGGAAAUGGCUGGUCGGAGAAAAAAUUUGAAUCCAUUUGUGGAUCAUAUCAGUCAAAUUCACUUCCCGUCGUGGGUACAUGACCGAUUUAGUGAAGGAAAAGAGCUUGAGAUGGAAGAUGUCACCGAGGAAGAAAGGAAGUUGGUAAAGAAGAUGGUAUUAGUAGCAUUAUGGUGUAUACAAAUGAAGCCAAGUGAGCGCCCUUCUAUGAACAGAGUUAUUAAGAUGCUAGAAGGAGACAUUGAACAAUUAGUAAUGCCCCCUAAGCCUUUUCUUUAUCCACAAGAGGAUACAACUGAGAUAGACGAUCCAAUCCAUUCUUCCCCCAAUUUUCUACUAGAUGAAGAUUGAAUGUUACUGUAAUUCAAGGAAAGAAACUUGGUUUGUUUUGUCAUUUCAUCAUUUAGUCUUGUUUAUCUGCCUCUGUAAAAUAAGUACACAAAGUGUCACUAGUAAGAUGACUACAUGUAUAUGUAUUCAAGCAAGUUCUAGUAUUCUGUGUUGUUACACUUGAA